UACAACAUUCAGGCUGCUGCAUUAGAUCCUCCACGUCCACAGUUGUCUUGGAAGGACAUUACAGAGUACAGUUUUUUAGGCGACUUCUUAGGUGAGUUUGAUCUACUCUGCCAUUCACACACAGACAUUUGCGAGCUUGACUGGACAAAGCCCGCCCAU